GCGUAGUUUCCAAGCGCAAUUUGUCCCAGUAUACUUGCUCCCGUCCUUUCAUUUACACAGUCAUGUCGUCAGACUUAUGUCCUCCGUAUGCGCCUUUCUUUGGUUUUGCAGGUGUUGCCUCCGCCGUGAUAUUCAGCACGGUUGGCGCUGCUUUUGGGACGUCGAAGGCUGGGAUAGGCAUUGCAGGGCUAGGGAGCUUUAAGCCAGAGUUGAUCAUGAAGUCUCUGGUCCCUGUGGUUAUGUCUGGUAUCAUUGCAGUGUACGGCCUGGUAGUCUCCGUUCUUAUUGCAGGAUCACUCCAUCCAUCAAAAGACUACCCACUUGCCGCUGGCUUCAUUCACCUUGGUGCGGGCAUUUCAUGUGGUGCGACAGGUAUUGCAGCAGGUUACGCCAUUGGCAUUGUGGGUGAUGCUUGUGUGCGAGCCUACGUUCACCAACAACGUGUAUUCGUUUCUAUGGUCCUUAUUCUCAUCUUCGCAGAAGUUUUGGGUCUUUAUGGCCUCAUUGUUGCCUUGCUGAUGAAUACGAGAGUUACGGGCCUUGCGGCAUGCAUUUGAAUUUUGCUACCCUCGCUGUGUACUCGUACAUAUAUCCUUCCCGGAAAACU